ACGCUUCAUAGAGACUUAGGAUGUCUAUAAAGACGACAUGGCCGCUGCUUACCGUCGAUGUUGAAGCAUAGCCAUCAUCAGCAAACAGCAUUCCACAAUCUAAUCGUCCCUACUUCAGAUUCUAUCAAACAGCCUCGAGCCGAACCCCAGACAGCACAUUCAUCAAACUUCAAAAUGUCCAAGAACAUCAUCACAGUGUUCGGCGCCACAGGUGCCCAGGGCGGAAGCGUUGUGUCCAUCUUCCUCAACGACCCCAAGCUCAGCAAGGAUUGGCAGGUCCGCGGCGUCACUCGUGAUGUUAGCAAGGACUCCUCCAAGGCUCUUGCGGCCAAGGGUGUCGAAGUUAUCGCUGCCGAUCUCAGCGACAGAUCUUCGCUCGCCGCUGCGGUCAACGGCGCCACGGCCGUUUUCGCCGUGACAAACUACUGGGACAAGCUGGACAAGGAGCUCGAGACCCAGCAGGGCAAGAACAUUGCCGACGCCGCUCUGGAGGCUGGCGUCAAGCACUUCAUCUUCAGCUCGCUCCUCGACAUCAAUAAACUAAGCAACGGCGUCCUCCCUGACGUGUACCACUUCGACAGCAAGGCCGCUGUUGAGGAGUACAUUCGCACCACUUCUCUCCCGUCAACCUUUUUCCUCCCCGGCUUCUACAUGUCCAACCUCCCCGGCGGCAUGCUCCGCCAGACGCCCCCGGAUAACGCCUGGGCCCUGACACUCCCCGUCCCUGCCAGCUCGCCGAUGCCGCUCUUUGACGCGGCCGCCGACACGGGCAAGUUCGUCAAGGGCAUUGUCCUGAACCGCGAAAAGGUGCUCGGCAAGCGGGUACUCGCGGCGACGGCGUACACUACUGCGGGCGAGGCCGUCGAGAUCUUUAAGAAGGUGUACCCGGAGGCUGGCAAGACGGCGCGGUACAACGAGGCCUCGCACGACGACUUCCGCGGGGCGCUCAAGGGCCAGGGCAUGCCGGACUUCGUGGCCGAGGAGAUGCUGCAGAACAUGAGGCUUCUCAAUGAGUUUGGAUACUACGGCGGCGAGAAGCUGGACGAGUCGCACGCGAUUGUAGAGGACAAGCUGACGACGUGGGAAGAGCAUGUGAGGGAGUCCAAGGCCUUUGCUGGGCUGCAGUGAGUUUGUCGGCGUGUCGUUAGUGCGCGAUAGCAGUAGAUUAUAAGACGAUGGUCUUUAUACCACUGUG